AUGUUGCCUCAGAAGUCAAUACUUCUGAAGCAAAGUCUAUCUCUAAAAGACAGGAGCAGAAUACAGAACCUCAUAUAUGAAAAGUUACCGGGCUAUAGGUCGACAAAUGAAGAUGCUCAAGAUGUUAUUCUUCAUGUUGCCCCGUUUCUCGAGAUAUUAACAGGAAAGCAAUUCGAAAAACUUACCAUUACACCAUUUGGUUUUGAACAGAUGAUAAAGCAGAAUUUGCCGCUAAUUUCUUCAAAAUUAGAACACAAAAAUUACAUCAAUCUUUCGUUAUUUCACAAAAAAGUAUCAGUGGAUGAAUUAGAAGACAAUAAGGCCUCCAUUGCCUAUCUUAUAAAGUGCAUGGGCGGAAUAAUUGUCAAAGACUCAGAAGCUGACAUAAUUGUUAAAACUAAGCCCGAAGAUACACCAGAUAGCAUUGAGGUAUCAACGGCGUACAUCAAUUAUAUCGCAAAUGAGCCUAUAUACAUAGAUUUUGCUAAAUUUAAACACUCACAGCAGAAAGACGACUACUCAAGUGAUAAAAGCGUUAGCCUUCCAAAGAAAACUCGACGAAAACCAAAACUAGACAAAUCUUCGGCAAAUUCAAAAUUUAUCAACUCGAAAUUUGAAAAUACAAAUGGCACCAACAACAAUACAGAGGAAAAGAAGCCUCCAACAAUUUUGGAGCUUUUUGAGCAAGAAAGACAAUUAUCUCAAAAAAAUCCUUCCCUUAAGGAAGAGAACAAAAUUUCAUACUCCCAUCUACCGCUCUCACAAUUACCUCCAACUCUAUCGCAGACAAAACCUUCCCACGAUAAAAAUAAAAUAGAUCAUCAAAAAGAGAAAAAAGUACAAGAAAAACCACCACAUAAAGAACCAAUACCUGCUAAACCAACGCUUAUACUUACAAACGACUACUUAUCUCAAAAGAGUUCGACACCAUCUCAAAAAUCCGUGACUUCUUCAAUGAGAUCUGCCACUUCUUCGCAACGAUCUGGGAAUUUGUCGCAGAGAUCAGCCAAUUCAUCGCAGAAAUUACUGUCAUCGUAUUCAGUUUUUUCACAAAUUGAAGAAUCCAAUGCGCAAUCCAACGAUAGAGUUAAGAAGACCCUUAGAGAGAUGAUAGAUGGACCAAGCCAAGCCACAAAACAGAAAGAAUUGUCACUUUCACAGACACAAAAGAAGAAACAGCCGAAAAAAGCGCAAAAAGACAAAAAUCCAACGAAACAAUUAACGCUAAACUUAGUCCCUCAGGAAGUCAAGAAGAAAGAACCUCCGAAAGUUGAAUCUCCUAAAAUUAGAAAAGAAAUUAAAGAAAAGAAAGAAGAUUCGGGUAGUUCGAGCUCUAUACUAGCCAUGAUUGAUGAUCUGAAGAACUACAGGACGAAUAGCAGCGAUAGCAGUGAUGAUUCGAGUCAUACGUCGAUUCCUUACGAUUUAGUUAGAAGAUUUAGUCAAGUACCCGUAAAAGACGAUUAUAGUGAUGACGAUGAUGGUAGUAGAACGCUCACGUACGAUGAGGGCGUAAUAAAGAACAGCCAAACGUAUAAUGAAGCAGGAGAAGAUUUCCUACUCAAAAGUAUAUUUGGUAAUUCGAAUUAA